GAAAUAAAUUGUUUUGGUUUUGCCAACUCUUGUACAGCUUUUACUUUCACAACUCAUAAGUUUGGUUUCAUUUUUUCCUUUUUUGUUCUGUGGAACACAUAUUUAUGGUAUUAUAACAAACCUUCCUUCUCUCAUAGCUGUCUUUCCCAAACAACAAACACUAAGAAAUUUCCAUUUUUCAGUCUCUUUCUUGGAUCUGCAAACAAACGCUGAUUCCUUUAGCUGUUUCUUUGAUUGGGUUUAGGUUCUUGUUGGCAAUUUCUUUGUGAGGUAAUGUUGUUGCUGAUAACUGUGGUCUGUGGCCUCUGUUUGUGUAUUGUGUAAGGGUUGUACCAUGUUGGGGCCACUCUCUUUUUCUUUUGGCUCUAUUAUGAUUCCUACAUUGCACAUGGCAUCUCUGGUUUGUCUUGUGCAACUCAUUGACAUAUCUUUUAGCUAUCCUGAUUAAAAUUUAGUUUGGUUUUCUGGGGUUUUUUUCUUUUCUUGAAUAAGUUCGAGAUUUUGAUAAUUUAAGGGGAACCUUUUAAGUGGUAGCCAUUGUUAUUAGAGGAAAAAUCCUGCGAAAGACAUUUUGAUCGCAAAGGGACAAUUUCGAUGCGUUGGCUUCCGAUAGAGGCUAAAGUUUGUUCUUUGAGCUGUAAUUAGCUGGAUUUAAAAUAAGGGAGAGUUUUAAGGCCUUGUGGAUAUGUGAAAGGAAAUGAAUUAAUUGAUAAUUUUCUAUUUAUGGAAAUCCAUGGUUUGGAGUUGCAUGAAUGUGGAAAGUGCCUUUAUUCUUUCAUUUCAUAAGGUUGCUGAGGGCUUAUUUUGUGCAUUGAAUUUUUCUCACCAUAAAAAAAGAGGUCCAAGUGUUGAUUCUUUAUUCUUUCAUUUCAUAAGGUUGCUGGGGGCUUAUUCAGCUUUCUGCUUUACAGAGAGCUGGUUAAAACACUGUUGAAAAACAGCUGUAGAUUCAGAUUUAUGGAGAUAGAAGCUGAGAUGUUGUAAUUCUAUAGGUUGGAGAAAGGAUAGUAAACAGGUAGGAGUGAAUAUUGUUUAGUUGAGGAAAGGUGCUGGAGAUGGCUGCAAAGCUUUUGCAUUCUUUAGUGGAUGACAAUCCAGAUUUGCAGAAGCAAAUAGGAUGCAUGACCGGGAUUUUCCAAAUCUUUGAUCGACAGCAGGUCCUAACUGGUCGCCGCCUGACACACAAGAGGCUUCCUCCAGGUACUUCCCACUUCCAGAAUGGCAGCUCAGAAGGCCACUUCAACAAUGUAGAUCAGCGACAGACAGCAACUGAAACAAAUUUAAACCGAAAUGUGAGUGAGAAGCAAAGACUUUCCACUGAAUCAUCAAGAGCCUCUUUCUCAUCAUCUUGUUCAUCUUCCUUGUCAUCUCUGGACUGUGGCAAGACAGCUCAACAAGAAGCCUCUUCGUUUGACAGAAUCAUUUUUCCCGAAACUCCCUCUGGGAACCCAGCUAUGCAGCAAGGGAGUACAUCUCCACAUUUAGGGCGGCACUCACUUGAUCUUUGGGAUGUCGUCAAGGACUCAAUGUACAGAGAGGCCAGAGGACUAUCAGUUAAAACUGCAGCCCAUGAUGAAUCUGCUGGUCGUUCUUUGAAGCAUAAGGACUCCCCAAGGCCAUUUCAAGUAUCCAAAUCAGGCGAUGGAUCUUAUAAUGUUGGGGUCAGUGGGAAGCAAAAUGUGCCUGCUGACAUCAAGGAGUCUCUUAGAGUACUUGCCAAACUUCGAGAAGCACCUUGGUAUUAUAAUGAAGGCAGAGACCUUUCUAGAUCACAGUAUGAAGUGAAAGAAGGAUCUUGGCUUCCGAUUUCAAAAGAUGCACAUAGGUUUUCCUGUGAUGGGAAAGAGAUGAAUCGCUUAUCUUUGGACUCACGAGACACCUUCAAAUCCAUAUCGAAGCUAAAAGAGAUGCCCAGACUUUCAUUGGAUGGUAGAGAUGGUUCCAACUCUGAUUCAAAACCAAAUUACCUUUUCAAAAAAUUUCAGGAUGCUGGAAUCUCAAACAACAAAGAUGUUAAUCAACCACAAGCUCUGGCAACUCAGAAAUGGUCUCCAAGCAUUGUAGCAAAAUUAAUGGGCGUGGAAGCCAUGCCAGAUUCUACCUCACCAAGUGAUGACAAGUUUGGUUUGAUUAAAGCCCCACCACACGAAGCAAGAGAUCCUUUCUCAAGAUCAUUAAAAGCAAUCCGAGCUCCCAAUGCCCCAAGAAGCUUGAUGAAAGAGCCAGCGUCACCAAGAUGGAGAAAUCCUGAUUUGAUGAUGAAACCAGUUUCAAGUUCAAAGUUCCCUAUUGAACCAGCACCAUGGAGGCAACCAGAUGGAAGUCGGGGUUCUCAGAAAACAGCUUUUAGGCCUGUCAAAGUUCCAGCAAGGACAACAAAUUCCUUUCCUUCUGUUUAUUCUGAGAUUGAGAAAAGAUUGAAACAUCUUGAAUUUAAACAAUCUGGAAAGGAUCUCAGAGCUCUCAAACAGAUACUGGAGGCUAUGCAAGCUAAGGGGCUUAUAGAGAGCAGUAAAGAAGAACAAGCUUCAAGCUUUGGAACUCAAAAAGAUUAUGAACUGAAAUCUUCAAGUCCUAAUUUUAAAUCAAGAAACCAACAGAAUAUGCAAAGCAAUCAUGUCAUUGCUUCCACAACCACAGGUUCAAAUUCCUCAAGGAAAUUUGAAUCCCCAAUUGUGGUAAUGAAACCUGCUAAACUAGUUCAGAAAUCUAAUAUUCCUCCAUCAUCAGUAAUUCCAGUGGACAGACUUUCUAGUCUCCAAAAGCUUCAGAGCAAGGGAUCUGAAGACAGCAAAAAGGUUUCAGUAAAUAGCCGAGCAGCUAAAGAUCAGUCUCCGAGAAGUGGUUGCAUCGACUCUGCUGUCAGCUCUUCCGAUAAGAAAAUCAGUGGUAAGACUACAAGAUCGACAAUGCAAUCUUCACCAAAGCCUCUACAGUUACCGAAAGAAAGCAUUACAAGUUCAACAAAGAGCUCAGGUUCCGUGAGCCCAAGAUUGCAGCUGAAAAAGCACGAGUUGGACAAGUGGUCUCGCCCGCCAACCCCUCCAGCUGAUUUGAGUAAACCUAGAAGACACUCAAACAGGCAGUUUAUAGAAUCAGGUUCUUCCAGUGGUAGACUUAAACAAAAGCCUCACCACUUGCAGCAAGCUGAUGACCAAAUGAGUCAGAUCAGUAAUGAAUCAAGAACUUCCAGUCACCAUGGAGAUGAUUCAUCUGUGCAAUCAGGCAGCAAUUUUGUCUUGGACUCAAGGAUAGAUAUAGAAUUUGCCAGUACUGAACGAUGUAUCGAAAUCAAUGGCAGUCAGAGUCCAUCCAUGAGGGCUGCCAAACAUGCAAUUUCCAGCUCAGCACAGAAAAAAUCAGCCCCAAGUUUAAGUGAGGAUGGACCUUUGGCAGAACUUGCUGCUGUUACUCCAGAGCAUCCUAGUCCUGUCUCUGUCAUGGAUGCCUCAGCAUUAAGAGACAAUGAUUCAUCUCCUAUAAAGCAGAUGUCUAAUGCCCUCAAAGGUGAUAUUGCUCAAAUUUCCAGUGACCGACUCAACGAAGAUCAGUGGAAUACCACAUUUAAUGGCUUAUCUGAUAGCAUGGGUUCUGGUCUUACCACGGAAAUCAGUCGCAAGAAGUUACAAAACAUUGAGCAUUUAGUUCAGAAGCUUAGAAGACUUAACUCCAGUCAUGAUGAAGCUGGCACAGACUACAUUGCAUCACUUUGUGAGAACACCAAUCCUGACCAUAGAUACAUCUCUGAAAUACUCUUAGCUUCAGGCCUCUUAUUAAGAGACCUUGGCUCCGACUUGACAACAUUUCAGCUCCACCCAUCAGGCCACCCAAUCAACCCUGAGUUAUUCUUUGUUUUGGAACAAACUAAUGCAAGCACAUUCUAUUCAAAAGAAGAAUGCAGCCCAGUCAAAUUUUCCCAUUCAAAGACAGACCCACAGAAAGUUCACCGGAAGCUCAUAUUCAACGUUGUCAAUGAGAUCCUUGUUGGAAAGUUAGCCUUAGUAGGGACAUCUCCAGAGCCAUGGUUGAAGACCAACAGGCUAGCCAGCAAGAGAUUGAGUGCACAAAAGCUUCUAAAAGAGCUAUGCUCAGAGAUUGAACAGCUUCAAGCCAAGAAAACAGAGAGCAGCGUCGAGGGUGAGGAUAAUGAUGAUGAUUUGAAAAGUAUAUUGUGGGAGGAUGUGAAGAAUCGAUCAGGCAGUUGGACAAACUUUGAUUGUGAGAUUUCUGGGGUAGUACUAGAUGUUGAGAGGUCACUCUUUAAGGAUUUAGUUGACGAGAUUGUGAUGGGUGAAGCAGCUACUCUGCGAGGCAAGCCAGGUAGGCGAAGGAAGCUGUUUGUGAAGUAAAUGCAGGCAUGCAAAAUUGAUUCUUUUUCAUUCUGUUCAAGCUGUGGUUUUCCCUUUUGUGAUUAUUUGCAAGAAAGCAUAAUAAUUUAUGAUUAAAGAUUAAAAAGUUCUGUGCUUGAUUGUAAAGAAAUUAACUUCUCAGAUUAUGACACCAUAAUACAUAUUCUUAAAGACA